AUGAUCUAUUCUGAAUCGGCGAAUCUCAGCAUGUUCUGGUUCUUACUAUAUUCUAUUCUAUGCGCGUACAAUCUAUUUCAUCUAUCCAAGCGCUGGUAUUACAAUAUUGAUGGACGCUAUGAUCUGAAACAGUUCAUCAGGGAAAGCGAACCAACCAUUCGAGUGCAGUAUGGUGCAGCGAUACUCACCCCGACCAUCCUGGGACUGAUCAUCUUCUGUACUAUCGAAUUGCAAAAUGGACUGGUUCACUCAAUAUUCAAGUUGGCUACAAUCGCCCAGCUGCUGCUUGCAAUCGGCCAGCUUACGCUCGAAUUCUAUGAAGUCUAUGUCAAAGGAAACUAA